AGAUGGCGAGUUUUGGGAAACUCACAGACUACUUUAAUCGUCGUAAGUCUCAAGAGGAGAUGCGUGUGGGCAGGAGCUCGCAGCGCAGUGGCAGUUACUGCUGCACCGUGGCAGAGGCCAGGUCACUGGAAAGGAAGCUGCAGAGACCCAUACUGGCUAAGUCCCGUACCCUCCCCAGCAUCCCCCAGUCUCCCACAGUCUCCAGGGUCCAUCACUCGGAUCUCAUUGGUGGGAGUCCUCCCCGCAGGAAGAACCCGUCCGCUGCCAGCCACCCAAAGGCCUGCACGCUGCCACCUGCAGGGGAGCUGUGGCGUUUGGAGGAUGACAUGGAGGGCGAAGAUGAGCCCGAGCUCGGCGGGUGCACACAAGCCCGCCCGCGCUCCCAGUCGCCUUUCUCUCACUUCCGCGCGCGAGCUGCCUACCUGCGCAAGAGCGUCUCGGCAGACGACAACCUGGACAUGGGCUCGGACUACAGCUCUCCCGCUGCAGUCGAGGAGAAGCCGACCCGUGGCGGCAAGGGCAAGCUGAAGAGGAAGUUUAGUCUGGGCUCUGCGGACCGAAGAGAGAAUCAGAACAAGAAGUCAGAGUCCGGGAUCUCCAAAUUUACCCAUCGUCUGUCCCUCAAAGAUCGCGUUGCCAAAGCAGAGAAGACUUCCACGGACAGACCUCCAUCCUACAGGAGACGAUCUCUUAGUUUGGACUGGGCUGACACUUCCAAGAUGACACAGCCCAUGAGGGGGGACCAGGCCCACCAGCCGGCCCCGGCCCGCAAGUCGGCCAGCCUGUCCUCGCCAAGCGCGGCUCGCCGCCUAUACCGCAACUUGUCUGGAAAGUUCCGUGUGAGCACCAACCCCCCUGCCCUGGAGGACAGCAUGGUGUCAGGACGGGGAGGAGACAAGGAGAGGCUGCGCAAAACCACCAUAUUCCAGAGCAAUGAAGCGUUGUUCGAGGCAGUGGAGCACCAGGAGUUGGACUUGGUACAGCUGCUUCUGUCCCAGUACAGUCUGGAGGAGCUGGACCACAACACCCCAAACAGUGAGGGCCUGCUGCCCCUCGAUAUCGCCGUCAUGACCAACAACGUGCCCAUGGCCAAGCUACUGCUGCGAGCUGGUGCCAAGGAGAGCCCCCACUUUGUGAGUCUGGAGGGCCGAGCUGUGCAUUUGGCCACCUUGGUGCAGGAGGCUGAGCAGCGGGUGUCGGAGCUUCAGGCCCAGGUGGGAAGCGAAGGUCCUGGUGAGCGGGAGGGAUCCGACCGGGAGAGGCAGCUAAAGGCCUGGGAGUGGAGGCUCCGGCUCUUCCGACGCAUGCAGACGGGCUUCGAGCAUGCGGACCCUCCAGACUCACCCUGUGUAGUCUGCCUGUCUGUCAGCAGCAGCACCAGUCUAAGGGUGGACUUCCAGGAACCUCUCUGUGUUAACUCUGCUGUGGUUACCAAGUACAAAGUGAGCUGGAGCAAUGCUCCUUCAUUAAGCCCCUUGCUGGGUGAGAUGGUGGUGGAGGACACUACUCUGCUGCAGUGCAACAUCACUGGACUCGCAGCUGGGAGCUAUUACUAUGUCCAGGUGUCAGCCUACAACAUGAAGGGCUGGGGUCCUCCGCUAGUUUCCAUCCCUUCCUGCGCUGCACCUUCCAGUUGGAGGGAUAUUGAUGGCCGCGCUCCACGUCAGAGAGGCCAGAAGGAGGCACUAGACCAGCUACUUGAACAGAUAAAAGAAGCCCACCGCCACUGUGUCUGCCAUGAACAGUGCAAAGCUCCACCACAAGGGAGGAAGCACUCUGUAUCCAAAAGCCUGCGCCACCUCUUCCAACCCACCAGCAAAUUUGUUAAAAGCUUGAAAAGAGGUCUUUAUCUGACAGCCAUACUCUACAGAGAUGACAAUGUGUUGGUGACUCCAGAGGACCAGAUUCCUAUUGUGGAGGUUGAAGACUCCUACUCCAGCUCCCUCAUGCAGGACUUCCUCUGGUUUACCAAGGUGUCCUAUCUAUGGGAGGAGAUUCCCUGGCUGCAGCAGUAUCUCAGUCCUUCCCAGUCGUCCUGUUCCUGUACUCUGCAGACGCGCCUCAAGAUGCUGCAGGCUGUGUCCCAACUACAGGGAAUACUGGGAACCCAGGACCUUGGUCAGGUGUAUUUUGAGCCAAUCAAAGACAAGCAUGGUAACGUCCUGCUGGUACUCCUGAAGGACAUGAAUACCUGUCCCAACCUGGACGGCGUUCGCUGGACACAGCUUUGCAAACUCCAGCUCCAACGCAAGUCCGUCUCGUCCCCUGAAGAGCCCACUGCUCUGGACAUGCUUCUCAUCACACUCCACGAGAAGCUGGCGUAUCACAGGCGGAGCAGGAAGGUGUUGUCUCCAGGCUUAUACCUGGGCUACCUGAAGCUGUGUACAUCGGUGGAGCAGAUCAGAGUGCUGGUGCCUCAGAAGCUCCCCAACGUCCUCUGUCACACCAAAAUCCGGGACAACAGCAACGUGUCCAGAGAGGAGUGGCAGUGGCUGCAGGCUCUCAGCUCUCUGGAGGAGUCGUUGGAAAUGGACUGCGAAGACCAGAGUGCUCCACAUCGCCUCCUACAGGACCUGCGCAGAGCCAUCAAGGACCUGAUGGCACACAUCAAUGUACCUGGCAAUCAGGUGCAGGACUUUCGUAUCUACAGCCAGGAAGUAGUGGAGUUUGGGGAGAAAGUGUCCUUCCUGCUCCUCCUGCCACCUUCAGAUGAAGUGUGCACCGCUCCUGGUCAGAAUAACCCGUACUCCCCCCGCUCUGGCUUCCUCACCCUGCCCCUGCAGGUCUUUGAACUCGUCCACUUUAAUGCCUAUUGCCCCAGUUUCAUUGGCCAGUACUGCAGAGUGUCGGCGCUGCUGGAGCUGGAGUCCCUCAUGUCCCAGCAGGCCCUCAGGGAAGCCUUCUCUGAGACCGAGCUCCUCGCUGCUAAGAAGAAACACCAGCAGGUCCAGGAUCACAUUCAGGAAAUGGAGGAGGUGUGGCGUGAUGCGAGGUGGAUCAUGGACGCCCUGCAGUAUGCCCGCUACAAGCAGCCAACGGGAGGCAUCUCCAUAAGCUGGAUAAUUGACUUCUCCAAGGAAGUGUUGCCCGACAAGCCUCCCUCCACCUCCUCUCAGCCAGACUUCAUGCCCUCCCCCAUGCCUUCACCCGAACCCUGCCUCAAGCACCUAGAUUUCGCUGGAUUAUCAGACGAGGAAGUUUCCUCUGAGGUCUUCCUCACCACCGACAGCGACUACGACUCCAGCCGUGCCCAGAGUCCCCGUGAGCUGGACCUGUUGCCGCCCUCGCCCCUCUCGUCCUCCGCGCCACUGGAGCCUCGUGGUUUCCUGCGUAGCGACGGGAGCAGCUCAGGUGGAGGGGUGUGUCUCGGCGGGAGUGGACGCGGAGGGGGGAUGCUAAGGGAUUCCACGCCGGACGUCCUUCAGGCCUCCGCGCCGCAGCACGGGAGGGAAGGUGAGCGGUGUGGCGGAGGAGGUCGGUGUGGCGGGGAACGGCGGAGGGGCGGCCCGGAGCUGUUUGACAGUGACUUCAUCCUGCCCAGCAGGCAGAUCGAGCUGUUGCACAUCACAGAGAAGAGACAGGCCUUCUGUGUGAGAACCAGCAGCCUGGAGUUCCCCUCCUCCACCUCAGCCCACCUGCCUUACUCCUACCACACUACUUGCACCUCGCCCUCCACCUCGCCCUCCACCUCGCCACAGCGGAGAUGGCACCGGCCCUCGUCAGUGGACCGCUGUUGCUCUGCCGACCGCUGCCUACCACAGCUUCCACCAGCGCGUACGUUAUCAGAGGACAGCGGCACGCAGAGACUCUCCGCAUUGUCACCUGCCGCCCUCAGGAAAGGCUGUCAUGCCACACUCAGAGUGUACCCGCAGUAUCGCACAGGCCUCCCAAAGGAGACCAGUGUUAAGCUUUGUGUAACUCCAGGGACGUCAGCGCAGGAGAUGGUCCAGCUGGUGGUGCAGGAGAUGAACGUGGUGUCGCGGCGCAUGCUCGGUAGCAGCGGAGGCGGUGGCGAACAGGAGCAGUGUGUGUACUACAGUCCCUGAACAGUUGAAGCACUUCGGCCUCGUGCUGGUGGUGGACAGUAGAGAAAAGUGGCUUCAGGAUGAUUUCUGUCCCCUGGAGCUCCAGAACCCCUGGCUGAGGGGCAAACUGUGCGUUCGCAUUAAGGAGUAUUCACCACUGGCGCUCAAACACAGCCGGGCCACCACAGUGUGACACUUCCAGCAGAGAGAAUGAACCUUUAAGAGUUCAUGCCGUGUGCAGAUUCUCUUCGGAUAAGUGUGUAUGGAAAUGAAGGAACUGUUACAUUUGUACAAACAGACCUAAACUCUACACUAGUUUCUCUCGUGCUGUGGCGUUACCGUCCACAGCUGCAGCUAGAACAUGUCAUAUGUUCGGCUCUCAUCUGAAAUGCUUCUGUUUCCACGAAAUGUAUCGGACCUUUUUUUUUUUUUAUGAACAUCAGAGAACCCUCAUAUGGCCACCAAAUGAACAAUAACAAAAUGGAACAAAGAGAAAAUAGUUUUUGUGCUGUCAGAAAUCAUUUGGGGAAAAUAUUGUGACGCCGUCAGGAUUAAUGGAGCGUCACUUUGACUUCUGGCAUGAUUGACGUCGGCACAUCGGGCCGCGCACGUUGCCAGAACAACAUAGGCAGCAUCGUCCUCCCCAGCCACACGCGGACACGGCUUUUCCUAUGAACUCUCUCAUUGUGUCAUUCCCAAAGAGCUGUCAGCUGCAGCCGCCGGGCCCCAUGUUCCCAGGAUGUGGGCUCUGGACCCGGCCCAGAGGGCAGGAAGGAAUGGAGGAGUACAGAGGGGGGCUGGCGUCUCCGCUUGGGGACGCAAUCGGCUCGGCGAUUUGGCCCGUCAGCCUGUCACUCAACUGCUGUUGGCCACUGUACUGUCUGGCAGCGAAGCAGCCAAGCAAGUGAGACAGAGAGAGAGGAGAUGGAGGAGGGCCGACGCUCUCCGCUGCUCUUUUUCUCCCUUUUUGCAGAAACAAACCCUCUGUAUAGUAGACUCAGUCGUAGUGUAGCUAACACAUACUUGUGAAGUGACACAAAAUAAAACCAGGUCAUUUGGAAUUUCACAACGGAGAAAACACAAGCAAUACUUGACUCUUUUUUUUUUCUAAUAGAUUGGAGGGGAAAAAGCAUGUAGACCUUCCAGAAUUGUGCUGAGUACAUCUGAAGUACUGUAGUUCAUGCUGUGCUAAAAGUUAACCAGUUUAGUGUUUUGUUGUGUUUGGCUCAGUGGUAUUCCCAGAUGCAUCAGAAAAUGGUGCCCGCCAGUCUCGAGCAGCGUCUCCCAAAGGGGUUCUAGGGUGAAAGGGAUGACUCUAGUUGUUAAGAGGCCCGACGUUUGUUAGCGAAGUAACAUAUCCUAUAUUUAUAUUACCAAAACACUCAUGCAGGUAUUCUACUUUUGGGAUGAAUUCUAAAUACACAAUAAAUAAAGCCUCUUAACAAUCUUCACCAUCCCUUUUAGCAAACUUUUGGGAACCUGUGCCAAGUAUUCAUGUGAACAUUUGUGAAGCGUCACACCUUGACGUCUGAAGCAGAACAGCGUGGCGUUUACAUUGAACUGCAGGCUGUUGUGUUUUAUGAAUUUUUUUUUUUUUAUCAACUGUUUUUCAGCGUAACGAUCAAUACUUGCUAUAAAAACGUCCACGCAGUUGUAAUAACCUGCAAGCAUUUCCAAAUGUAGCGCCAGAAAGCUCCGAGAGAAGCGUUGUGAUGUGUGAAGUCGUGGACCUGGCCUCAGUCACUGUAGCAUUCCAGGUUCUCAGGAUGUUGUCGCAGGAGGCGUCUCUCAAAGCGUUUACAGAAUUGAGUUUCCUUACACUUUCAAAGAUGUGUUUACGUGUAACUACUGUAUAAAGAUGUCUUUAGACAAAAACUGAUGUUAAAAGUUGUAAUUGGUUUUACUAAUGGCUUGAACUGUUGUGUUAGCGCUUAGAUGUCUUCUUUAUUCACAUUGUUAAAAGCGGUUUUUAACGAGGGCCAACUGCAACAAAAAAAAACACACACAGAUCACACAACCAGAAACCGAACCAUGUACAAACAAAGAGCAGGGGAUGAAUGUACUGUAUCUGCCCGAAAUGUGAAAGUAAGUGAAUGUGGGGCUGUCAUCACUACUGAGGUCAAAGGUCAGAGAAGUUAUAGGCAGGAGUCUGUCUUCAGAUUAAGCUGAAGGGGAUGAGAGGGGGUUUGAAUUCCCUCUCCAGUUGAACAUAAAGUAAAGCCCCAUGUUUACAAGGAGCUGUUGGCAGAUCCAUCGGGCGAAGUCAUGAAGGAGACAUCACGUCACUUUUUUUAAAAUCUAUUUUUAUUGAACAAUAAAUGAAUAUUACAAAAUAAAAGCCUUGGUUGUUUA